GCGAGCAAAAAACCAAACAUUGAUCAAAAAAACAUUUUUUUUUUCGGAAAAUUAAUUAAAACGCGUGAAAAACUCGAUUUUUCUGUACAAAAUGACCUCUAAAAAGACAGAUGGCUUGAAUAUGAGCCUCGAUCAAUAUAUCGAGCAAUCCAAUUUUUACUUUUCGCCGUACGGCGACAUUAAUUUGGUGAAUCAUCCCGCGAAAAAGGAGGCACCGGUUGACGAAUCACGCGACAUUUUGGAUUUGAGUCCCGCGGGCGACAUGGCAGACGAGUUAUCGAACAUCAUCAAGGAGCUCGAUAAUGCCGGCAGUGCCGCAAAUGCCAACCAAAGUGACGCCACGCUCGACGGGAUGAUUGUGCAAGGCAAGGUCAAGGGUUUACCGAAGGGCGUAAAGCCCGACGUUGGGCUGGAGCAUCAAGGUUUGAAGUUGCCCAUACAACCGGGCAACAACAACAACAAGCAAAAUCGCUUCAAUCCGUACCAACGCAAAGCGACGCCCGGCUUAAAGUCGAAACUGCAAGCUUUGGUUGGCAAAACCCGCAACGCCAACAACUUCCAACGUCUUCCGAAUGUCAAUCCGUGGGAUCCGUGGGCCGUUAAAGGUCCCCAAAUGCCGGCGCCGGAACAAAAUUUGGUGCGUCAUGUCCCAAAUUCGUCGAUAAUUCACUUGGAUUUGCUCAAUACGCUAAAUUUGGAUGCCAGUGCCUUCCGUAAUCUCCUGCAAAAGAACAAAGCGGGCGGCUUGCAGGAAUAUUUGCAUGCCGUAACGGCAAAUCUCGGCUCGAAAUACGACAUGCAGAUCCAACGCAAGAUCGCGGAGAAGCAAAAGAAAUGUUUGCUUGAAACGGAAGAUGGAUUUUCGCCUGUUUCGUUUGACGGGCCCGGCAUCGACGAAUCCGAGUGUCUCGUCGUCUUGGGAACUGCCAUUACUCUCAAUUCGCGCUUUAGUGCCAUUUAACGCGGUUCUCUAACUUUUUUCUUUGAAACUACUUUAAAAUAGAAAAUAAUUGACCUUAUGAAGAAAAAUCUCAUCACUCACACCUAAAAGUGCUAGAACAAUAAAAAAAAACUGCUUUUUUACACAAUUUCUUAGCCUACUUCACCGUAAAUGUAAUCGAUGUAGAAUUUUAUACCUACUGAAGUAAAUUUUCGACCUCUUCUAACACAUUUUAGAGUAAAUUUUUUUUAGAAGAAGCGUUUAAGAGACAUUCAUGUUAAAACUUAGGGAAAAAUAAAACUAGAUGUAUCUCCUUGAUGAUUAUUAAAAAAAAAGAUGAAUAUUAAUGCAAUAUUUAUAGAGUUAUUGUUUAAGCACAGAUCUUUGUUAGAUAAGUAAAUAUUGUUAGUGAUAAAAAAAAAAAUGAUUAUUAAUGUAACA